UUGGAAAGCAGCUAUACUCCGGUCGCCAUGAUUCUUCCUGGCUUGACUGUCCGGAGAAAGACGGUUAAAUACUUUUAAACGUUAUAUUUCGGGGCAAACUGCAACAUUGCUUGUCUUUUCGUGUAUUCGGUUGAUUAACGUAUGAAUUAGCGACCCGCCCCGGGUACAGAAUGGACAAACGGUCUGACACCGCAGGUGUCGGAGGUUCCCUUUCCCUGUCCUCCCUUCGCUUGCUGUCUUCCCCUCUGCAGCUGACCUACUCCUACAUAUGGCAGGUCAUACGGCAGAGAAAUGUGAAGCACUACGGGAAAGUGGAGGAGUUUGUGACCAUGGUGACGCAGACUGUUCCUGACCUCAUAAGCUUCAAGCAGACUGCCCAGCUCAUCUUGGGGUUGAGAGCCAGGAUCAUUUUGGAUUUGCUUCACAAAGACGGCCCACCAGAUUUCAAGGCCAUUCAAACUCUCAUAAAUAAGUUGAAGGUGUCUGCAGCUUCAGGGAAGGACUUAGAAGUGGAGAAAUCUCAAACAAACUUCAUGGUGCUGGUCCAGAGUCUGCUUAAAAAUCCUGCUGAGAGGAAGCGCUUCUUCCAGGAAGUGUUCCCUGUUCAGUACGGCACAAAGUUCGAUACAGCGCUGCAGGCUCUGACUGCAGGUCUGGUGUGCAAGCUGGAGCAGCUUCUCCCUGUACCAAAUCUCUCCCAGCUCGGUGCCAUGAUCUCAGCAGACCCAUCUGUCCUGGAGGCUUGCGGAGGCUUCAUGCCCAGCAGCGGGGACAUGAAGGCUCUCCUGCUGCACCAGCAGGCCAAGGGACUCCUUGGUGUUAAAGCAACCAUCUCGUCCUCAGUGGGCGACUGUGUGUUCGCCUCACUAGCCUUCCGGCCCAAACCAGCCGAACCACCACAGCCACCGCCAGAAUCACCAAAGCGGUUAGAGGUCACCGUCAACGAAUCAAGCCCAGCCUCACUCAGUGACGCUGAAGACUUGGGAGUGAUGUCAGAUGACUCUGACAGCCCAGCAGACGCUGCUACUGGACCACAGGGGAGAGGGCGAUACAGUCUUAAAACAGCUGAUGGCAGUGCCGACAAGGAAAAGAGUGUCGCAGCAACAGCUCAGAGGGAGAAUGUGCUACAAGAGAAGAGCUGCGAGGAGGAACAGCCUGCCACAACUCAACUGAGCGAAGGGGAAAAUGCAGCACCAAAUAAACCAGAACCACAGCCGCUUCCUUUGAAAUCCAUCCCUUUCCGGGUAGUUCAAAUGCCGAUCAAAACUGCUUCCACCAUACAGAACGCAGGAACAAAAGAUGGCCAAAAGCCCCAGACUCAGCGAGUCACACUGCAUCAGUGGGUGUCACAGAUAGCCACUAACUCGCUAUCACUCCCAGCCCUGCCACCACUUCCUCCACCCAGGUUGACUGCAGGGGAAUACACGAAGCCGAGUAUAAGAAGAAAAAAGCAAAUCAGACCUCCAGCUGACAGAUUCACCUGCCCCGUGUGCGACAAGACCUUCCCUUAUCAGUCCAAGCUAAUGGAUCAUGAGCGCAUUCACACAGGAGAGAAGCCGUUUGUGUGCACAGCGUGCAACAAAGGCUUCAGAACACAGGCGUUCCUCAACAACCAUCUGAAGACCCACAGCACCAUGCGUCCUUACGCCUGCGGCCAGUGCGGGAAGUGUUUCGUCAAAUUGCAGAGCUUGACGAAGCACAUGCUGGCCCACAGCGGCCAAAAGCCCUUCUACUGCGACAUCUGCAACAAGGGCUUCACACAGUCCACCUACUUCAAAAGACACAUGGAGUGCCACACGAGCCAGAUGACGUUCCCCUGCAAGCACUGCAACAAAAGCUUCCCAACAGCCUUCAAGCUGUCGAACCACGAACGCUGGCACACCAGAGACCGCCCUCACAUGUGCGAGCGCUGCGGGAAGAGAUUCCUUGUCCCCAGCUUAUUGAAGAGACACAUGGGCUACCACAUCGGCGACCGCCAGUAUCUCUGCUCCCAGUGCGGGAAGACCUUCGUCUAUUUGUCUGACCUGAAGAGGCACCAGCAAGACCAUGUGCCCAAAGCGAAGAUCCCGUGCCCCAUUUGCCAAAAGAAGUUCUCCAGCAAGUACUGCCUGAGGGUUCACCUAAGGAUCCACACCAGGGAGAGGCCCUACCGGUGCUCCAUAUGCGAAAAGACCUUCACCCAGGUCGGGAAUCUGAAGGUCCACAUAAGGCUACACACCAACGAGCGCCCGUUCAGCUGCGACGUGUGCGGCAAGACCUACAAGUUGGCGUCACAUCUGAACGUCCACAAAAGGACUCACACGUGCAAGAAGCCCUGGACGUGCGACACGUGCGGGAAAGGAUUCUCAGUCCCCGGCCUUUUGAAAAAGCACGAGCAGAUGCACACGAGGGAGGCUAACCCCGACUUCUCCGGUAAACGGAGACACAGGGGUAAGCACAAGAAGCACUCCCUCAAGAGGAAGUAUGAUGAGGAAGAUGAGGGUAGCGGCGACGAUUAUUAAUCAAGGAAACAUAUUUUGUAUUAAAUAAAGAUGCUCUGAUUAGCGGUGUUAGGGCUGAUGCUAAUCACUGAUUCAAUUAUAGUUAGCUAAUUUGGAUAGCUACUGCAUUACUGACCCUUUGAACCAUGUCAUUUUCAAUUCUGUGGUGGAGAUCAUGUCACCAUGACGGAGCAUCCCAACUAACAAAGCCCACUGUUUUACUGUACAUCAGUUUUUCCAUAUAAUGAGGUGAUGCGACAAAAUUAGUUUAGGAAAUGAGGUCACCCUAAGCGGUCACAUCCUGAGAGGUGUAAGGUGUAAUCAGUAGAGCAGUUUUGGUGAUCAUCUCAUAAAAAAAAAGAAAAAAAAAAAAGAA